CUUUUUUUUUUUCUCAUCAUUCACCAACACCGCCAGGAGAAUUGACUUUUUCCGACUAAUUGUCUGGCUUUUUGUAUCACAUCGCCAGAGCGACGGCAGAGCAUCCGAGAUUCUAAUCUUGCCCGCUUGAUUUGCUUUGCUACUAGCCCGACCAGUCGGUCGCUCGACAGACAGCUUCCAUCCGGUGGAGCUUUCAUUCGACGCGUUUGCUGCCCCGGCGACCAAAUACCAACGCCGCCGAUCUCGCUUGACAGCACUGCUUUCGAGGCCCGGCCGAGCAUCUCAUCAAUUCAGAAAGAGGCCGACUAGCCUUUCGCCCCCGAAUACCUCGAACGCGUCCACAGCUCCCACUAUCACGCGCGAAGUUGCUUAGCAUUGGCACAAGUCGGGUCUGUCGGCCCCACGCGCCAACACCGUCAACAAUAGGAAGAAGAAAAAGACAAAAACGAAACGCAAUUAAAGGCAGCACAUCCUCCUGAACCAGAGUCCGAAAUGUCAUCCUCCAAAAAGCGAUCGCGAACCGAUACCGUGGAUGACACGCGUGCCGAUUGCCCCUUUGAGGCUCGGCUCGUCGAUCCCAAGGAGAAGGAGCUUAAGACCCAAAAGAGACACAAGGCCGGCGGAAAUGAAGAGGAGGAUGUCGAGGCGUGGCGUAAGAGGUUGACGCAACUCUCCCCUUUUGCGCCGACCGGGAAGUUCAAGACACACGAGACCAUGGACGUACCUUAUGCUAUUGAGCCUGCUAAGAAAUGGAUGGAUAUGACGAGAUACAACAGCUUUGUUUUAAAUGGCGUCAAAUAUUUCAGCGAAGGGUUCAUCUUCGUUGCGAACGAGUCUUCCAUCGAGCGUAUCAAAGCGACCGAAAACAAGGGCCAACCCGUAGUCAAGUCGAAUACAGAUGAGGAUUGGGUCGCACGGAUUCUUGAGAUUCGAGCCAGCGACGAGCAUCACGUAUACGCCCGCGUUUACUGGAUGUACUGGCCAGACGAGCUCCCUGAACACACGGUAGAUGGAAAGAAAUUUCCCAAAGGCCGGCAACCAUACCAUGGCCGAGCCGAACUGAUUGCUUCAAACCACAUGGACGUUAUCAAUGUGGUGAGCGUAACCAGUCAGGCACAGGUGAACCAGAUGAUCGAAAACGACGACGACGACACGCAAGGCGCGCUAUACUGGCGACAAGCGCUUGAUGUCAGGACAAAUGAAUUAUCGACUGUCGAGACGAUAUGCAGCUGCGGGCAACCAGCAAACCCAGAUAACAUACUGAUUGGAUGUUCCAAGGAGAACUGUGGGAACUGGCUGCACCAGGAUUGUCUGAUUCACGACGCUCUGCUUAAGACAUGGGAGCGCCUCGGUGCUGACAAGCCAUAUGUUGCGGUGAAGGAGGAGACAAAGGAGACGCGACGGCCGCUGAGCCCAACGGAGCCAGGCGCGGCCGCAUCAGCCCAGCAAUCUAUUGAUGUCAAGGCGACGAGUAUCAAAGAUGUGGAGAUCAAGAUGGAUGAUGUCAAGACGGACGGGCCGAUAGUCAAAACUUCCGAGGAGCCCGCGAGCUCCGUAGCACCAUCCGAGACGCCAGUUCCGAGGGCCAGAAGGGGCACGUCGACUCCAAAUCCCACGCCGGUCCCGCAGAAGGGAGGCAGAGGCAGGGGUAGGGGUAGGAGGAAGGCGGACAAGCCGUAUGAGGGGCACUUUGAGGCAAAGACAAGGAUGGAUCUCACCCCGCCAGUGAUCGAGAUCACAGAUAUGAGAGAAUCAAUUGUCGGCGGCCAAAAGUCAUGGGAGGAGCCCAUGGACUGCCUGAUAUGCAAAAAGCGGAUUGUCUAGCUGGUUCGUCGGAUUCCGGCUACUGCUGUCCCAGCGAUUUGUUUCGGAGUUUUUGGCAAGGAUGUUGAGCGAACGCAGCGGACCGAGAAGGAAUUUCUGGAGGUCCAUGAACUUAUUUCACGAGCGGAGUUGGCCAGACCUUUUCACAGGGCUGCUGGAAAUUCGUCCUGAUCUGGAUGAACUGUACAGGAUUGUGGAUACUGGGCCUCUUCUUUUUUUUUUCUUCUUUUUUUUUUCUGGAUGUCAGUGGGAACAGGAGUCGAGGUCGGAGAUUUUGUAUUCGGACUGGGCAAUGCUUGUUAUAUGCCUGAUUUGGAAGAAGAAAAAAACAACAAGCUUAAGCUCUUGCGGGCUCUUGAGAGCCUCGCUAAUUUCUGUCUAUUGGCGCUCUUAUCCUUGUCCGCAGCAUGUUAGCGGUGCUUUUUGUUAAUUGUCAUUUGCUGGUUCUCAGCCUGUCCUUACUGUUACUGUCGCCUGCCAUCCACUUUGCAAUGGUGCCGCAGGAUGGAGCUCUUGUUCAAGAUGGUAAA